AUGGGCUGGAAACCGCUUUCAGAUCUGGCACCCCCGGGCCUGGUGUACACAGACAAGAUGGCGGCCUCUGUGGAAGACGAGUUUGAAGAUGCACCUGAUGUGGAGCCGCUGGAACCAACGUUGAAAAACAUAAUCGAACAGAAAUCUCUGAAGUGGAUCUUUGUGGGAGGCAAAGGCGGAGUCGGUAAAACUACGUGUAGUUGUAGUUUAGCGGUCCAGCUGGCUGCAGUGAGGGAAAGUGUCCUCAUCAUCUCCACAGAUCCAGCCCACAACAUUUCUGAUGCCUUUGACCAGAAGUUUUCUAAAGUACCCACCAAAGUCAAGGGCUAUGAAAACCUUUUUGCAAUGGAGAUUGAUCCGAGUCUGGGAGUGGCGGAGCUGCCAGAUGAGUUCUUUGAGGAGGACAACAUGCUCAGUAUGGGCAAGAAGAUGAUGCAGGAGGCCAUGAGUGCUUUUCCUGGCAUCGACGAGGCCAUGAGUUAUGCUGAGGUGAUGAGAUUAGUGAAGGGAAUGAACUUUUCCGUGGUUGUUUUUGACACAGCACCGACUGGCCACACACUUCGGCUUCUUAACUUUCCCACCAUCGUAGAACGAGGUCUGGGCCGCCUCAUGCAGAUCAAAAACCAGAUCAGCCCUUUUAUCUCUCAGAUGUGCAACAUGCUUGGUUUGGGCGACAUGAAUGCAGACCAGCUCGCCUCAAAGCUUGAAGAAACCCUCCCCGUCAUUCGCUCAGUCAGUGAGCAGUUCAAGGACCCCGAACAGACCACAUUCAUCUGCGUGUGCAUUGCUGAGUUCCUGUCGCUCUAUGAGACCGAGCGGCUGAUCCAGGAGCUGGCAAAGUGCCGCAUCGACACUCACAACAUCAUCGUAAACCAGCUCGUUUUCCCCGACGCCGAGAGGCCCUGCAAGAUGUGUGAAGCCCGCCACAAAAUCCAGUCCAAGUACUUAGAUCAGAUGGAGGAUCUCUAUGAGGACUUCCACAUAGUCAAGUUACCUCUGCUGCCGCACGAAGUCCGCGGCGCAGACAAGGUCAACACUUUCUCAAAGCAACUUCUGGAGCCGUACAAGCCACCAAACAAGUGA